UUGAGCUCGAGCACAGUGGAGAAGAGAUGCUGAGAUGAAUUCAGGUGGAAGAAAAGGGGAUCUUAUGCAUGAUGAAAUUGAAGCAAUGUUUUUUAAAGAGAGAGCCAUACUUGAAGCCAAGUACCAGAAGAUGAAGAUUGUUCAGAAAAUGACUGAGAUUAUUCUUGGUUUACAAGGAGAUGUUCCCGCGGAUUCUCGAAAAGGAGUUCCUUAUGUUGGUGGAAACAACAAGGUUGCUGCUUGUGCAAAGCAUUUCGUUGGUGAUGGUGGCACAACAAAGGGUAUUAACGAGAACAACACAGUGACUGACUGGCAUGGACUACUCAGUAUUCAUAUGCCUGGUUAUUAUAAUUCAAUCAUCAAGGGUGUAUCAACCAUCAUGGUUUCGUACUCAAGCUGGAACAGCGAAAAGAUGCAUGCUAACCGUGAUCUUGUUACUAACUUCCUCAAAGACACUCUUAAUUUCAGGGGAUUCGUCAUUUCUGAUUGGCAAGGUAUUGACAGGACUACUUCACCAGCAGGCACCAACUAUACUUACUCCGUCCAUUCUGGGAUUAAUGCCGACAUUGACAUGGUAUUAUGGCCAUUUUGA